AUGUCCACCACAACACGUCCAUUCGUUCUCCCUGGCGAAACAAUAGACCCGUCGCUGGUCCCAACACACCCCAAACACCCUCUCCGUCUUGGCCCUGGCUUGCGCCAUGUCCCGCCCAGCGAUAUCAUUCCGACCGUCGCGGGCCAACUGAUCACCAACCUGAACAAAAACUCCAUGUGGGUUGAGUAUAACUCGCAGCGCUACGUCCCAACCCAAAAUGACCUCGUCCUGGCCCAAGUCUUGCGCUCAACCCAAGACUCCUACCUUUGCCUCAUCACCCCCCACACCCCGCCUGCAACCCUCCCCCACCUAGCCUUCGAAUCUGCCACAAAAAAGACCCGUCCCCAGCUCCAACCCGGCCAGCUCGUCUACGCGCGCGUCUCUCUCGCCAACCGACAUAUGGACCCCGAACUAGAAUGCGUCAACCCCUCGACGGGUAAAGCCGACGGUCUCGGCCCCAUCACCGGACCCGGCUGUGUGUUCGAAGUAUCGCUUGGUUUUGCGCGGCGGCUGUUGAUGGCCAAGAGCAGGGAGGAAGGGAAGGUGGGCGUGCUGGAGAUGCUAGCGGGGGAGGAUCCGAGUAUUGGGGAGGCGGGGGCGGGACUAGCGUUCGAGACGGCGGUGGGGAGGAAUGGACGGGUGUGGGUUGGGAGUGAGGAUGUGAAGACGGUGAUCAUUGUGGGACGGGCGCUUCAAGAGACAGAUCGAGGGAAUUUGACAAUUGAGGGGCAGAGAAAGUUGGUGAGGAGGUUGUUGAGGGAGAUGAGGUGA